AUGUCUGGACGUGGUUUUGGUAGUCGUGGUGGCGGUCGUGGAGGUGGUCGCGGUGGUGGUCGUGGCUUUGGUGGAGGUCGUGGUGGGGGUCGUGGAGGUGGUCGCGGCGGCGCUCCUGGCGGUCGUGGUGGUGGUCGCGGCGGCGGCCGUGGUGGGGGUCGUGGCGCUCCUGGCGGACGUGGUGGAGGUCGUGGUGGAGGUCGUGGUGGUGGCCGAGGUGGCGGUCGCGGUGGUAUGGCUGGCGGCGCGAAAGUCGUCGUGGAGCCUCACCGUCACGCUGGUAUUUUCAUUGCCCGUGGCAAGGAAGAUGCUCUUGUAACACUUAACUCAACCCCUGGCAAGUCAGUGUACGGCGAGAAACGUAUCUCGGUGGACGUUCCUUCUGCGUCGGGUGAGGGCACUGAGAAGGUUGAGUAUCGUGUGUGGAACCCGUUUCGAUCCAAGAUCGCUGCUGCUAUUCUUGGCGGUGUGGACAACAUUUGGAUCACUCCUGGUGCUAAGGUGCUGUACUUGGGUGGUGCCUCGGGUACCACUGUAUCACACGUCUCUGAUAUCGUGGGACCCAGUGGCGCUGUGUACGCCGUUGAGUUCUCCCACCGUGUGGGCCGUGACCUCAUUAACAUGGCCAAGUCGCGGACCAACGUCGUGCCGAUUAUUGAAGAUGCUCGUCACCCGCUAAAGUACCGUAUGCUUGUGCCAAUGGUCGAUGUCGUCUUUGCUGAUGUUGCUCAGCCUGACCAGGCUCGUAUUGUGGCCAUCAACGCUUCGCAUUUCCUGAAGAAUGGUGGCCACUUUGUGAUCUCCAUCAAGGCUAGCUGCAUUGACUCUACGGCUCCACCUGAGGCUGUGUUUGCUCGUGAAGUCAAGAAGCUUCAGCAGGAGCAAUUUAAGCCGGCUGAGCAACUAACGUUGGAGCCGUACGAGCGAGAUCAUGCUGUGGUUGUUGGUUCAUAUCGUGUGCCCAAGAAGGAGAAGAAGUAG